CAGCUUUACUGGAAUAAAGUAUCGUCUCCAUCCUCAGCAGCUGAAAUGAAGAGGUGAAGAGUCGAGGGAUGGAAAAAACAGGAUUUUGAUCUCCUCUCAGCCUGCUCACCCCUGAAGGAACCUGCAGGCUGGCAAACCUGGACAGUGACAGAUGGAGAGGAACUGAGCGGCUGAGACGGCUUACCCCCCGACCUUACUACACUCUUUCUCCAUCUUCUCCCCUCCCUCCAAAGCAAUGCAGUCCCAGGGCAGCACUUCCUCUCAGCCCUCCUUUGAUUCGCUGAGCUCCAGCGACAGCCUCUUGUUCAGCGACUCAGAGCAAGCAGAAGACGACACAGACGUCUUCUUGACAGACAGCUCGUCCUCUGUCAUCAUCGGAGGCGUGGGCGGUUCCGUGUCGAAUGGAGACAGAGGGUCAGACAGUCCCGGUUCCCAGUGGACGUGUGACGGCUUCACAGACAAAGAGGAAGAGGAAGAGUCAUAUAGGUCGGAGAGCGCCGGCAAGGCAGCUCACAUCAGUUUGGAAGAGACGGAUGGUUCAGGCCAGAGCCCAAAAUCACAAGGAGACCUGCUGUUUGCCCAAAAGUGUGCUGAGCUGCAGGGUUUUGUCAGGCCUUUGCUGGAGCUGCUGAAUGGACUGAAGAGGGGCCGAUUCGAUCGAGGUUUGAGUAGUUUCCAGCAGAGCGUCGCCAUGGAUCGAAUCCAGAGGAUUGUGGGGGUUUUACAGAGACCCAACAGCGGGGAGAAGUACCUGAACACUCUGCUCCAGGUGGAGAUAAUGCUGAAGCUUUGGUUUCCUCAGAUCUCCACCCAGCCUGUCUCUGCUGCCUCCAGCGUCUCCGCGUCCCCUGCUCGUUCCCUCCAAGACACUUCCAGCUCCACCCCGCCGCACAAGCACAGGGAUCAGUUACAUAUUCCCGUCAAGAAGCGCAGACUCAGCUGGACAGGUACAGACUCCCCCACGCCCUCCCCCGUGCUUCUCAAGUGCCCUCGAAUCAGCGCGGAGGAGAAGAGGGUGAAGCAAGAUUGUGGUGAAAGGGACGGCCCUCCUCCUCCUCCAUCACUGGCCCCUGAUGCAAACCAAAAUUCACCAGAUGUGGCCCGCAACAGCCAGCUAAACGAGGACGCAAAGGGAAAGGACAGUGACAGCGAGGAGCUAGGCAGGCAGUCAAAAUACAAAGCCGGUCACAGCUCGGAGCCGAGCUUGACAUGGGUCCACGUCGCCCCCAUCCUGUCCCCACGAAAGGCCUGUCCCACACACGAGGGCCCGACAGUGGCGGGUAACAAUGAAAACCAGCCUGCCGUCCUCCCGCCCAGCAGGAGGGGCAGUCCAGCCACACAAGACAGCUCCAUCUCCUCUACCACACCCUACAAGCACCCAAAAAAUCUGAAGAAGCCAACCCGGUGCCAAAGCCAGCCUAUUGCCGGACAACAGAGCGAGACCACCGAAACAUGUCAGGGUCAAACUCCUCCAGUCACGCUUACGCCUUUGCCAGGGGAGUGCCCCGCCCCCUUGGAGACCUGAUGCGUUGAGUAAGCAAAGAGCCGGCAGCCUCGCCUUGUUACAUCACCGGGCUAAAAGCUGCUAAGUGAGGAUGAAGGGAAGAGGCUGAAGGCCUGUGAUUAUAGAUGCGUUAAAGGGAGGAAGAAAUGUAGGUGACAAAUGACGGAUCACACGUAACCCCCUCAUCAAAACCACAACUGCAGCCAAUAUUUCAAACAGGACAUAACGCGUUAAAUCAAAUUUAUCAGAGCUGAUAAUCAUAAAUCUAUAAUAAUCUAAAUGUGCACAGAAACGGUUGUGGUGGAGGGGGGGUAGGAAAGAACACCUAAAGCAAGCAAGUAAUGAUCAAAAGGAGAGAUUUUGAAGAAUUUGGAGGAGUAAAUAAUAAGAUUUCCUCGGCAUGAAAGCAAUCACUGUAUUCAGAGACGACUGUUUCCACAGACAUCUAACUCACGGGACACAUUUGAUCCGAAAUGAGAAAAGUUUGUCUCAGUAAUCAAAGCUUCCAGUGUUUAUUGUGGUGAGUAACUUCAAUCCAGAGUGAGUAACAGGGUGAGCUGAGUGUGAAGCUUAUAGCGGUUACAUUCACAUGUAGAUAGAAACGAGACAUCUGGCUUGAGGAGGAAAUAUUGAAAAUCUUGUAGCUAGAGACGUGAGAAAUACGGUGUACAGAACGCAGCAUUAUACUGUACGUGUGGUGUCGGACUCAGCGGAAACUGUGGAGAAAACGAUGCCAUCAACUCACGAAUGUAAUGCAAGAACUGUUUGGGCACUUGGCAUCGAGAGGUCAUCACAACGAGAGAUCACACGUCAACUUUUCAUGUCACGCCGUGGAUUUCUGCCCGGUCCUCGACUGCAAACUGACCAGCGAUCAGUGAAAAUCCCACAAAAGGUUCUUUAAAAAGACCAGCCGGAGGGAAACAAAAACAAGGACCACUCAAAGACAUGAGACUCUCGAGUCCCACAGUUAAUUUAUUCAUGUGUUGAUCGGACACUGCGUUUAUUUAUUGUUUGUAUUUAUUUAUUGGGCAGCUGAAUAUCGCCUGCUGUGCGCUCGCAUAGUUUGGCCUACAAUUGUUUUUGAGGCGAUUGGGAAGAUGCUGUUGACAGUUUGUGGUUUUUAUUGCUAUCAUGAGGAAAAAAAAGAAAAACAAAAACGAAGGAAGUGAAAUGUCAUGAUUGGACUAUUGGACUACUGUGCCUUUUUUACCAAAUAGGAUGUGUUCAGAAAAGCAUUUGGUGCUUUCAGUGCAUUCAUACUGCGUUUUGAUUGUUUGCUUGGAUCUUACAAAACCAGUACACAUUCAAUCACGAAAAGCUGACAGGUAGUCGUUUUCAUCUGGUAUCUAAAGUUACACGCAGCAUCCAAACCAACAGUAACACCAACUUUCUCUCUACCAUAGAUAUAGAAACAUAGAUGCCUCGUUGUCCGCUGAACCACGUCAGUGUUGCUGCCGUUUUGGAGAGGUAAGACUUUCCUGUAAAACAGUGGAGUUGCGGGUUUUCUGGAUAAAAGGCACAAAAAUGUUUACCUUUUAAAAAAAUGUAUUUAUGAUCUACGUUUUGUACCAAAAAAUGGUUUUAUCAUCAGUACAAUCUCCAUAGUUAUCCUAAAAGGCGUGACGCUCAAUAGAGGAGUGUGUGUGGCGUACAUAAACUGAAUCAUCAUUGGGAAUUGUAAAAAAAAAUCACUUUUUUUUCUGGCAUGAAUUUAGCUGCUUCCUUAGUUAACACUUGUGUGUAUUUAGGUAAUUUUCUCUCCUAGCUAGCGUGCCAGCUAGCUUAUGACGGCUGCUAGUUAGCUCAUCGACACUGAAACAAGAUAGAAACUUCCACUGCUGAUUUUAGAAAGGCCACGGCGAGAAAACAUGUACUCCGUUUAUUUCAUAAACGAGCGGAGGAAUUCGAUGAGAACUGGAUACAGCGUUGGAGGCGGGGCCCUGUUCACUUCCUAAAAGUUGCUCAUUGGCGCAUGAAGCCAUAAACAUUCAAUUUCCAUGUGUAAAAUUACCCCGAUGAUCAGCACUGCUUCAACGUCAUUUGGCCCGUAGAGAGGGAACUCGAGACUUCUGCUGGCCGAGUUGGCUACUUUCAGUUUAGCGCUCCGUUUACUUGAAUCGGCAUAAAAUUAUUUAAUCUUGCAGCUUUUCUUGACUCGUCUCUGACAGUGGAAAAACUUUUUUGGGUCCAGCAACACCACGAGAUAUAACUGAAAACUGUAAUUUAAUUUUGAUGCCAGGCUGGGUGUAUUUCCUGGGAGCCUGGUUCUGCACCCAGGCACAAUUAUGCUAAAAUAAAGGCCGCUAACUUCUGUGCGCUAGCUUUGUUAGCUUUUGCCAGCAGUCAGAAACAAUAAUCUAUGAUCCACUGUUGGUUUGAUAAUCUAAAAAAAACAAAAAGAUUGUUCUGUUGCCGUGGCCUGUCUAAAUUUUGCAGUGUUAAAAGUUACCAUAUACUAUUAGGUUUUAGUGAUGAAUACACUGUUAGCUGGUUAGCGCUAUUUGAAAAGUUGUCUACUUCCACAGUAAAUUUUAUCAUAUAGGGAGGUUUCCACAAGGAUAAUAGGCCAAAUGCAUGAGAAAGUCCAAUUUUGACUUAAUUUAUAACUUUAACGUUAGAAAUUGUGUUCAUGUAAGCCUUACACACACUCCUUUCUUAAGCAUCCUGCAGCAAUUUCAGCCAAAAUAUUGAGAUUCUAAUAAAGUUUUUUUGUAAAUGUUAACCCAUAAAUAUAAAAACAAUUCAUAGCAACUAUUUGCGAAAUACAAACAUUAUAGUGCUUUUUUUCCCCAGAAAAAACUGUACCUCCUGAAUUAUUGGGAAGUCUUGCCGUCUCCAGCAUGAUGGCGGCAGUGCUGAUGUAUGGCUGUAAUGGAGCGACACAGUCAGUGAGGUGUCUUUGUAUAUAUGUCUGUCUACUGCUUAAAAACCGGCGUCCAGCUCUUGUACUCAGACAUCUACAGUUGCAUAAACUGCCUACAUGUCCAACCUUGACACACACCAACAGCAGUGGCUACUAUUUGUCAUGUAGUAUUGAAGUGUAGCCUCCUUUGGAGCUUUUCUUUUGGUUCUGAUCAACAGAGGAACAGACUGAGCUGCACUCGUAGCUGGUGCUCUUGAAAACUUGAAAAAAAAGAAAAACUGAGAAAAUAGAAAUAUAAAUGUAAGGGAGGAAAUCUUUAUUUGCACCACCCUCCACUGCUGCUAUUCUGAUUCCAGUUCUGAUGUUUGAUAGGACAAAUCUGGAAAUCUGCUACACAAUAUUCUCUAAACCAAGGAGGGUUCCAGCGAUCAGAUUGGAUUUACCUAUAUUGCAAAUGUAUUGUAAAUACUUAGACUAAAAAUAUUUUUAAAUUGCUAUGAGCGGUUCGUAAACUAUUUACAUGAAUAGAGGAGGAGGGAUAUCCACGUACCAGACUCCUCUGAAAAACAAGCACCACGUGUGAACACAGAGCCACUGGCAGCCUCCGUCUUCCUGCCUACGUUUGCGGAGGAAGGAGCGUACAAACCUUCAGUCGCGGACCCAGAGUCAGACCGUCUUACCCGUCUUCAAACGUGACGGCAUCAUGUACCAGAUGCUGACUCGCGAUCGGAGUCUGGGGGGCGUCCUCCCCACUCCUGUUUUUAUACGGUUAUGGUGUGACAGAGAAACCAAUUGCACUUAUUUUUCAUCGUUUAUGUCCUUUUUUUUCAUGUACUGUAUGUUUUCUACUGCAGCGACCACUGCUGUUUGGUCAGAAAUAAUGUUUUUGUUUUUUUUUUUUAUUUUAGCUGCCUUUAUUUUUCUUCUUAAACUGUAAAAGCUGACUGUAGUUCCCCCCCCGCCCCCCCCCCCCUCCCCCACUCUGCUUCAUUCGUCUGCCCUUGCCCUCUCUCCUUCAUCUCCCUCAAUCCCGUUAGUAUCUUUUCUUUCUAAACUAAACUCUGUCUUUCUCUCAACCCCAACUUUACAUGAUAAUACUCUUCUGGCUACUUUUUCAAUACUGAUGAACAGGAAAAAAUCUUUUAAUA